AUGCUCCUUCACGUGAAGGCCGAAGCCCCCUACCAAGACGCUGAGUCGGAAUACGCUACCAAAACGGCCUUGAAAUUCGCUGCUCGGGUCAUGUGGCAGAAAGAUAGCGCAAAGAUGAAAGGCUUUGUCGGCCCUCUUCAUUAUGUUCCACUCGCCAAGACGCUCUGCGUGUAUGCGUUCGCGCCCUAUGCAAUGUUCAAGCUGCAGUGGGGAGGGACGUUCGAGUGCCGCAGGUUGCUCACCGGCAAUAAGCGUACCUUGCCAGACAACGAGGAAGACGAAGAAACGAUCACCACCGGAUUCAUGGGGGAAAAUGUGGAGAGUAUGGAGCAUGGAAUGGAGGAGGGUGUGCUGUACGUGCCGAAGAAACCGAAGUGCGUUCCACUUGAUGCGUGGGUCCCGGGCUUUGGGGGGUUUCAAAUUGUGGUCGACGCAGCAGACGAUAUCAAGUCUGGAACCGCUGAGGCUCUGGGAAAGUUGGGUCCCGACGGAAAUCGCCUUUACUUCUUACUCCCGCCAAAGCGCUACCAAACAUUCACCAAGAAGUCGCCGCAGACGAUCGAGCAAACAAAACGCGUAAAGGCUGACAGUGAGAUGCUGCAACAAGUCAAUGGACAUCGUAAUUUGUUUUUGUUCUUUGUUAGAAGAAGCUAA